CUUGAAGCCUCCGUUUUCAACUCCGCCCCCGACUGCUCUCAGCUACUCUCGUUGAUCCCCAUCUGUAGCCGUAGAUGAAGUCGAACACACGUAUUUUUUUGCUGUCCCGUCCCAAUCACGUGAUUUUGUUUCCCAUCCUGUGGGAUACCCGAAAAAAAUGUCAGCCAGAAAACAGAUUCUUGUACAUGCAACGCUUACAUCUACUCGUAAAAUGUUUUCGGUUUUGUUUUUUUAAAAAGAACUUUUUGUUUUCUUAUGUGGGAAUGGACAAGUAGGCUAUGGGAAAACGUGGACAGUUUGAGAACUUGUCUAAUAGCCUAACAUUUUGAUCAGACCAAGUCUUUAGCUGUGGAGCACAAAGGCACUUCCUUGUUAAUAGGUCUUUAUCAGUGGUGGAGAUCAAACUGUUCAGAUCCAUCAUGGAUGAAACACAAACGUCUGGAGAUGAAGUUUUUUUUCAGGAUGCAGUUCAGUUCAUCAGAAGAGAUCAGAAGCAGAGCCCAGCUGUGUGUCUAUGAAGAGUGAUGGGUCUAUGCAUCAGCCAAUAAUGUUUAACAGUGGAGAUUCACAGUCUGGUCUCAGCCAUGAAGUCCUCAAUGCAUUUAGAUCAAAUCUGAUGAAGAAGUUUGAGUGUCUGUAUGAGGGAACAGCGACGCAGGGAAACCCAACACUGCUGAAUGAGAUCUACACAGAGCUCUACAUCACAGAGAGUGAGAGUGGAGAGAUCAAUAAUGAGCAUGAGGUGAGACAGAUUGAGACACAAUCCAGGAGAGCAGCAACAGAGGACACAGCCAUCAAAUGCAAUGACAUCUUUAGACUUUUACCUGGACAAGACAAACUCAUCAGAACUGUGCUGACAAAGGGAGUCGCUGGCAUUGGAAAAACAGUUUCUGUGCAGAAGUUCAUCCUGGACUGGGCUGAAGGGAAAGAGAAUCAGGACGUCCAGCUCAUAUUUCCACUUCCUUUCAGAGAGCUGAACUUGUUGAGGGACAAAAAACUCAGUCUGUCAGGUCUUCUUCAUAUCUUUUUCCCUGAAACUAAAGAAAUGAAAAUAUCCAGUGAUAAAUAUGAAGUGUUGUUUAUCUUUGAUGGUCUGGAUGAGUGUCGCCUGUCUCUGGAUUUUAAGAGCAAAGUCAAACUGACUAAUAUGUCUGAAUCAACCUCAGUGGACGUGCUGCUGAUGAAUCUCAUUGUGGGGAAUCUGCUUCCCUGUGCUCUCAUCUGGAUCACCUCCAGACCAGCAGCAGCUGAUCUCAUUCCCUCUGAGUGUGUCCAUCGAGUGACAGAGGUACGAGGCUUCAAUGAGCCACAGAAGGAGGAAUAUUUCAGGAAGAGGAUCAGUGAUCAGAGUCUGGCCAACAGGAUCAUCUCACACCUGAAGUCAUCAAGGAGCCUCUACAUCAUGUGUCACAUCCCAGUGUUCUGCUGGAUCUCAGCCGCUGUUCUAGAGCAGAUGUUGAGUCAAGCAGAGAGUGGAGAGAUUCCCAAGACUCUCACUCAAAUGUACACACACUUCCUGAUCCUUCAGACCAACAUCAAACAUGAGAAGGACUAUGAGAAGAAAGUGAAGGAUGAAGACAUGAUCCUCAAACUGGGGAAACUGGCUUUUCAGCAGCUUGUGAAAGGAAACCUGAUCUUCUAUGAUGAAGACCUGAGAGAGUGUGGCAUUGAUGUGACAGAAGCAUCAGUGUACUCAGGAUUGUGCACUCAGAUCUUCAGAGAGGAGUUGGGCUUGUAUCAGGGGAAAGUCUUCUGCUUUGUUCAUCUGAGCCUUCAGGAACAUCUAGCAGCUCUAUAUGCACACCUCUCCUUUACAAUCAACAACAUCAAUGUGUUUGAUCAAACAAAACAAAGUCUGUUUAAGUUUUUCAACCAGAAGAAAUGUAAUUUACUAUGUGAGCUGCAUCAGAGAGCUGUGGAUGAGGCUUUACAGAGUAAAAAUGGACAUUGGAUCUUUUCCUCUGUUUCUUCCUGGGUCUCUCAGUGGAGUCCAAUCAGACUCUCUUACAAAAACUACUGAUACAAACAAGAAGCUGCUCCUACAACAAAGCAGAAACAGUUCAGUACAUCAAACAGAAGAUCAGGAAGAAUCACUCUGCUGAGAAAUCCAUCAAUCUGUUUCACUGUCUGAAUGAACUGGGUGAUGAUUCACUGAUGCAGGAGAUCCAAGAUUAUCUGAAAUCUGGAGAAAUAAGAAAAACCAAACUCUCCUCUUCACAGUGGUCAGCUCUGGUUUAUGUGUUGCUGACAUCAGAGCAGAAGAUGGAUGUUUUUGAUCUAAAACAGUUUAUUGGAGCACAAACGAAAGCAGAUGAAGUUCUUCAGUAUUUGUUACCUGUGGUUAAAGAAUCCAGAUCAGUUUGGUAAGUAACACUGAAAACAAUCACUCCACUUUAAAAACUUGACCACAUAUAUGUGACCACAUAAACAC